GCAUCGAAAACUACAACAUCCAAAAGCCCGUCCGAAAUGUGGGAAGUCGGGUGUUUUCUUGUGUCACUCAGCAGGUAAAAUAUAACUGCACUCACGAUUGGUAGAGUGAUGUUUUGGCACUGUCAUUAGCUCAAGACAAGGACGACAACAACAUGGGAGACACAACCUGCAGUAAAGCUGUCCACUUGUCAGACCCACAGCUUUUCGACAGAUACUUUGAGAAGCUGCUGUGUGAGUUGACUGAGCAGGAUUUCACAGACCCGGUACUUUCUGAUGCUCUCAGCAGGCUCAAAGAGGUACUGCAGUACAAUGCCACAGGAGGCAAGAGGAACCGUGGCUUGUCUGUGAUCGGCUCACUGCGUCAGUUGAUCUCUCCCUCCAAGCUGUCACCUGAAGAAGUGGAGCGUGCCCUGUUGGUUGGAUGGUGCAUUGAACUGCUGCAGGCCUUUUUCUUGGUAGCGGAUGAUAUAAUGGAUGCCUCAGUAACACGGAGAGGUCAGCCGUGUUGGUAUAAGAAGGAAGGCAUUGGUCUGGAUGCUAUCAAUGAUGCUUUUCUCCUGGAAGGGUCCAUCUACCGCCUGCUGCGAAGGCAUUGCAGAGGGCAGCCCUACUACGUCCAUUUGUUGGAGCUUUUUAAUGAGACAUCGUUCCAGACAGAGCUGGGUCAAGCCCUUGAUCUGAUGACUGCUCCUCCAAAAAAGAUUGAUUUACACCGUUUUACCAUGGACAGAUAUAAAGCCAUAGUGAAGUACAAGACUGCAUUCUACUCCUUUUAUCUUCCGGUGGCUGCAGCAAUGUAUAUGGCAGGAAUUGACAGUGAAGUGGAACACAACAAUGCUAAACACAUCUUGCUUGAAAUGGGAGAGUUCUUUCAGAUUCAGGAUGAUUACUUGGAUUGCUAUGGUGAUCCUGCAGUAACAGGCAAGAUUGGCACAGACAUUCAGGACAAUAAGUGCAGCUGGCUUGUGGUGACUGCACUGAGGGUUAUGACCCCUGAGCAGAGGGUGGAGCUAGAGGCAUGCUAUGGCCGUAGUGAUGCUGAGAGCGUAGAGCGAGUGAAGGCACUUUACGACACACUGGAAAUGCCUCUCCGAUACCACCAGUAUGAGGAAGAGAGCUACCUGCGACUCCAAAACCUCAUCCAUCAGCACGCACAAAAUCUUCCCCAUGCUGUUUUUCUUAACUUUGCCAAGAAAAUCUAUAAGAGAAACAAAUAAGGGAUAAUUUAUUUUAUUUUAUUAUUUUAUUUUUUUGCAAGAGGAAGUAUGUUUAUUGCAAAGCAGUAGAAAAUAGUAGUGAAUUUGAUCAUUGGUGUAAAUAUGUUCUCAAGAGUAGCUUUAGAAAUAUAUAUUUUUUUCACACAAGAAUUAGCUCUUGAGCCCAAAAUGAAACUUUUGAGAGAUGCAUUUCCAUUGCAACAUUUACAACUGUCAGUUAUAAUCAGCUCUAAUAUGUGAAAUGUUACAUUUGUCUUAGGACAUUUGUACAUUGUCCAAACCAAAAUAAUCUAAUUGUAUUUUUUAUAUAUAUAUAUAUAUAUAACAGCUGUCUUGAGCACAGGGAGGUGAUGAAAUGUCGCCUUUAAAUUUAAUAAUAGAGUUCAGCUUCAUGCAGAGGGAAACAAAAUGCUGGUUAUCAGGCAGUGAUUGGUACCGAUCUGAUCCGUCACUCUGUUCUCCUCAGUGGGUUCUUUAUUUGGCUCUGUGCAUUGUUUAAAGACUAAACAACCACUGCUGAAGCAGAAAUGAACUCAAACAGAAAUCCCUAACUGUCCCCCACUGUCUUCUGUUUGCCAACCUGUGAAAAUGGCAGUGGUAGGAUAAAUAGAGGUUUUUGAUGGGAACUGAUUAAUUACUGUAAAAAUAGUUUUAAAGUAGUGGUAUUUAUAAUAUACAACUAAAAUGAUGUUGUGUUACAAAUCCCAGCCAUUCACUGUUAACCUGGAUAGUAUCAAUAAAAAGAGAGGGUCACAUGAUAUUCAUAAUUUUGUGGGGUUUUUUUUUGUUUUUUUAAAGAAUUGUCAGCCUGUGGUUGAAGUAAGACUGCAGUGGACUGAAAUUUGAAUAGUGUCAUUAUCUGCCAAAAAAGAGACUAUUAUGCAUAAUUAUGCAUAAAACCUCUGCACCAAGUCUAGUGUUAAAGGUGUGUUUGUCAUGCUUUUGCAGGUUGUUUUUUUGCAUGGAGUGCAUUAUGAUUACAACCUGCUUUUACUUUAGUUGUAAUAAUUAUGCAGAAUAGUUUUUUUUUUUCAUAAGCAGUCUAUAAAAUACACCCAUAAUUUAUAUAUUUUCCACUUCCUAUGAACUGUGAUUACUAGUAACCUAUAAACAAUUAAUAAUACCAUACUUUUGUAUUGCAAAUGCAGUGUCUGAAUAUUAAAGAAGUGAGAUAUUGAACAAUUGAAAACUGUAUAAUCUGAAACCCUACAAUAAAAAUGGCGUGUAUCAAUCCCAAUUUUAGCAACAAUAAAUAGAUACAAACAA